AAUUUCUGAGUUUUUUUCGCGAAACAAAAGGGGGAAGAAAGAGAGGCGGAGGAGACGAUAAAGCAACAUAGGCGGUUAUUGCGGCUGCGUCGGCGUUGGAGAUGGCGAUGAGGGACCUUGUCACCGGCGGAGCCGCCUGCUCCGUUCCCGGUUCCUCUUCUUCCUCUAACCCUCUCGGUGCUCUCACCAACGCCCUACUCGGUUCUUCUUCCAAAACUCAGGAGCGGCUUAAGGAGAUACCGACUGCAACCCCAUCAGGUUCUGGGCCACAAUUUUAUUCCGAAAACGAACAGCUGAGAGCGCUUCCUGGGUCUGAGUUAGAUCAGCCGAUUCUGCAACCCGGCGCUCAGGGGUCGGAGUUCUUCCGUGGCUUCCGUUCCGUGGAUCAGAAUGGUCUGGCCGCUGCUUGGGAUGAGGUACAGCAUGGUGGACCUAUGCCUCCUGUGUCAUCUCUCUAUGAGCGUCCAGUUCAGCCCACAUUUGAAGGACCUCCACAAAGAGUCUUGUCAAGCUUUCUGCAUUCAUUUGUUGAAAGCAGCCGCGGUGGUAUUCCCUUUCGCCCAGCACCUCUUCCAAUGCUGGGAUUGUCAGCAAGUGACAAGCAAUGUAUACGUGAUCGUAGCAGCAUAAUGGCCCGGCAUAUUUUCGCUGAUAAGAGCGAGGACUUUAUCAAUGCUCAGGUAAAUGCAUUGUUAUCGUCUCUUGAUAUCGACAAUGACAUGCAAGCUAGGGGACAUAUUCCUGGGAGGUUCCGGGAAAUGGAAGAUUAUUGGAAUGAGUCUCAAGGUGUCAUGAGACCUGGUCCCCAUCCGGCUGAUGGUUGGGUUACCGAGUUUAACCAGCAUGGAAUGGAUCAUGGUGGUCCUGAUGCAUGGGUUAAGUCUUUCGAACAACAACAUGGUAUGAAUGGAUGGGUCUCUGAGUUUGAGCAGUCUCAGUUAAUGUCAGACCAAAUGAGAGGGAUGAAUAUGCCAAACUUAGCAGCAAUGGAGCAGACUCGUCAACUUGCCCAAACACUUUCCCGGAACGAGGAUCCGAAAUUUCAGAAUUCAAAAUUCCUCCAGUUUGUUUCAAAGAUGAGCCGCGGUGAACUUAUUAUUGAUGACAAUCAGGUUAAACCAGCAUCAGCACCUGGGGAUUGGGCUACGGAAUAUGAACAGCAGUACAUGGGCCCUCCAAGUUGGGCUGACCAAUUUGCAAACGAAAAGCUUUCUCAUGGUCCUGAACAGUGGGCCAACGAGUUUUCUACUGAGAGGGAACAUCAAGAACCGAUUGAUGACCAAUGGGUUAAUGAGUUCUCGAAGUUGCGUGUAGAUGACUGGGUAGACGAAUUUGCUGAAGGACCUAUGGGUGAUAGUACUUCUGAUGCAUGGGCAAAUGCUUAUGAUGAGUUUCUAAAUGAGCGAAACAUUAGCAAGCAGCAGUCUUCCAGUGGUGUCUACGUCUUUUCUGAUAUGAACCCUUAUGUGGGUCAUCCAGAUCCACUGAAAGAAGGGCAGGAAUUGUUCCGGAAAGGGCUUCUGAGUGAAGCAGUACUCGCACUGGAGGCCGAGGUUAUGAAAAACCCUGAGAAUGCUGAAGGCUGGAGACUACUUGGAAUCACACACGCAGAGAAUGAUGAUGAUCAACAGGCUAUAGCAGCGAUGAUGCGUGCACAUGAGGCGGAUUCCACAAACCUGGAGGUGCUUCUUGCACUUGGUGUGAGCCAUACAAACGAGUUGGAGCAGGCAGCUGCUUUGAAAUUUUUAUAUGGAUGGCUACGGAAUCACCCCAAAUACGGGGCCAUUGCACCCCCAGAGCUCGCAGAUUCUUUAUACCAUGCCGAUAUUGCCAGAUUAUUUGACGAAGCUUCUCAGAUGGCUCCUGAGGAUGCAGAUGUGCAUAUAGUACUGGGUGUCCUCUACAAUUUGUCGAGAGAGUAUGAUAAGGCUAUUGGCUCCUUCCAGACUGCGCUUAAACUAAAACCAAACGAUUAUUCGCUGUGGAAUAAGCUCGGGGCCACUCAAGCCAACAGUGUUCAGAGUGCUGAUGCCAUAUUGGCUUAUCAACGGGCUCUAGAUUUGAAGCCGAAUUAUGUUCGGGCUUGGGCAAACAUGGGGAUCAGUUACGCCAACCAGGGAAUGUACAAAGAAUCAAUCCCAUACUACGUUCGUGCGCUUGCAAUGAACCCAAAAGCCGACAAUGCAUGGCAAUACUUGAAGAUCUCUUUAAGUUGUGCGUCGAGACAAGACAUGCUGCAAGCUUGCGAGUCGAGGAAUCUCGAUCUCUUGCAGAAGGAGUUCCCUCUGUAGAUGUAUAUACAUAUAUGUAUAUCCAGACAAAAAGGGGUAUCUUGUCCGAUCUGAUGACAUCAUCAUCAUCAUCAACCACCAUGGGGGAUACAGUUUCGAAUCAAAAUUCUUUUUCGAGGGGGGAUUCAGAUGAUUAUAAUAAUGUUUUUUUCAGCGAAGAUAAUAAAUAUAUAGAUAUAGAUAUA